AUCCCCGAGGCCCGAGGGCGCGCGCGUCAUGUAAACAAAGUACAAACAUACUCCCACAGUCCCACAGCCUGCCCUACACGACCCCAGCAAACACACAAGAACAAGCUAUAGAGCUACAUCGUCGCUAUACCCUUACAACUACAAGCUAUAGCAAAGUGGUGUUUGUAAUGCUUGGUGUGGCUCGACGAUUGUGUGCUGCAGGACAGACAGCAGUGACCGUCAUGAGCAAACAGCCAGUCAGCACCUCCAGCUAUGCCAUGGUAAAGGCCAUCGAGGAGUUGGAGAAGAACCCAUACUUUGGAAAAUAUGCUGCCAAGAUUGCAAAGUUUCAAAAGGAGUCUCCAAAAGAAUUCCUUGAAAAGUUUGGCAAGAAUAAGGAGGUGAAGGAAAGUGAGCCGGGAGGCCACAGCUUCACCAAGGUGGCAGAAAAAGGCAAGGAGGUGGCACCCAAGAGUGCCUAUAGCUUUGCUCCUCAGAAGAAACUGGAGAGCAUCUUGAAGACUGACCUCCUGCAGGGAAAAACUAAUCAGGAAGUGGCUUAUAUUUGGACCGAGCACUUCCGCCAGAAGGAUGCAGUGUGUGGGAUAAUCUCUGUUGAGACAUACGAUAAACUGCAUGAAGUGGCCAUGAAAUAUUCCUGUUUUGUGCUCCCCCUGCCAAGAGACAAGGGUUAUGAAUUCAUCGUGUUGCAGUUUGCUGGUCAUGAAGUCCAUUUCACUUCACUUGUAAACUAUCAGGCAUACAAAGAGAAUGCCCCAGAAUGCCUCACACUGGUCCACUACCCUGACCUGAAGGAGGAGAGAGGCAUUGUGCUAAUGCAUGGCGAGUAUAACAAAGACAUAUUGAAUGCUUUUGAGGCCCAGUUUCUAGUAAAUCAACUUCAGCUGUACUAUGGCAGUGGCGACAAGGAACGAACAGCGUUACUGGAAAAGUUUCACCAAAGUCCAGACCAGUUCAAGCACAUGGAGCUGGUGGAGCACCUGGAGAAGCUGGAUCUUAGUGUGCUCUCAAACAAAUCUGAGAAAGAGCAACAAUAAAAAAAAAAGGUAAAGAGAUUAGACUGAAGAGUUCAUUUUAUCUUCCUCUAUUGGCAUUUCCCAUUUUCAUAUGGGGUCACAUCUCACUGGUAUCUCCACCAGUUGCAGUCCACCACCUGCUCCUCCUCCAGCUACCUCUCCCUGAGGUCCUUCUUCAGUCUGUCCCUCCAGUGCAGCUUUGGUCUUCCUCUCCUAUGCCUGCUCUGCACCGUCAUUUCCUUUAAUAUCCUCCCCACUUAUUCUUCAUCUCUUCUCUUCACUGAAGAGAUCAUUUAUGUAAUAUGUAAAUACAAAUAUACAUCUACUUGACA